AUGAAAAAGGUCUUUGAGAUGACAGAUCUUGGUCUUAUGACUUAUUUUUUGGGCAUGGAGAUCACUCAAAAGAAGAAUGAGAUUUUUAUCUGCCAGAAAAAAUAUGCAAAGGAGAUUCUAAAGAAAUCUCACCUUGGUGAAUGCAAACCAAUGAACACCCCAAUGAAUAAAAAAGAGAAGCUUAUCAAGGAGGAUGAAACAGAUAAAGUUGAUGAAGCUUAUUUUAGAAGCUUGAUUGGGUGUCUAAUGUAUCUUACAUCCACAAGGCCUGACAUCUUAUUCACAGUUAGCUUGCUGUCAACAUAUAUGCAUUGUGCUAGUGAAUUGCACUUGAAGGCAACAAAGAGAGUUGUAAGAUAUAUCAAAGGAACUGUCAAUUAUGGAGUUAAGUACUACAAGGUACAAAACUUUAAAUUAUUUGGUUUUUCUGACAAUGAUUGGGCUAGUAGCUUGGAUGAUAUGAAGAGUACUUCAGGGUACUGUUUUAGUAUGGGUUCAAGUGUUUUCUCUUGGUGUUCCAAGAAGCAAGAGGUUGUAGCUCAGUCAACAGUAGAAGCUGAGUUUAUUUUAGCUGUAGCAGCUGUAAAUCAAGUUAUUUGGUUGAGGAAUAUUUUAAUAGAUUUGGGUAUGAAGCAAGAUAAAUGCACAAAAGUUUUUGUUGAUAAUCAAGCAGCAAUUUCAAUCUCACAUAAUCCUAUAUUCAAUGGGAAGACCAAGCAUUUUAAUGUGAAGUUGUUUCACUUAAGAGAAGUUCAAGAAAGUGGCAAGGCAUUUUUAGUCUACUGCUGCACGAAAGACCAAGUUGUUGACAUAUUUACCAAAUCUUUUUCACUCAUUUAA